UGUACGCCCCCGGUAGAGAGAGUGUUUGGGCAGGAGUGGAGCUUUGGUGUGUGGAGAGAUGGAGAGUCCACCGCUGUGGAAGAGGAGAGCACUCCUCUGCAGUCCGUCAUGAGGGAGGAGUCUGCAGACACAGAGGAGAACACACCUGAAUCACUACUUAUCAAGGAGGAGAGACUGGAAGACAACUUGUGGAGCAGGGACCCACAGCCCACACCUGCUGAGGAGCAAGUAGCACAGCCCACACCUGCAGAACACCCAAAAAAGCAUGUAACCCAGCCCACACCUGCAGAAGAACAGGUGACACAGCCCACACCUGCAGAAGAUCCAGAGGAGGAAGACCUCAGUGGACUGGAGUUUGUGGUGAAGGCGGAGCAAGAGGAAGAGCAUGUAGCCCAGAGACUCAGUCAGACAGGAUGUGAACACAGUGUAGGAAGACUGAACAAUCUGGACUCUGAGUAUGUAACGUACGAGAGAGACGGUCAGCUGUGGACUUCCUUCACACCAGGCGACAGUGACAUAGAGACUGAUGAUCCAGUUUGUGAUAAUGCUACAGAGCAAUACUCACAGAGUCUGCCGGUUCACACAGAGCUUCAGCACAUUCCCCCCACAUUAGACAGUUUGUCCUCUUUAGGAUCCAUUGACACAAAAGCGCAUAUUGCCAUGUUUGAUACAGUACAGAGGGAAGAGGAAGUGAAGGUUCUGUCUGUUUGCAGUGGACAGCUCAGGUCAGGAGUGGCUCCUGCACAUCAGUGUCAGUACGGAGAGAGACUGAGCUCAAUGGCUCACAACAAUCUGACAUCACAGUCCCAGCAACAGCAUCAUCAGUCAAACCCUGAUCCUCCCGACGAGGGGCAUAGCCUGAGCGGUAACAACUGCAGCAUGGAAAGGAAGGCAAAAAGCCACAGAAGAGCCAGCACAGGAGAGAAACGCUUCAGCUGCUCGCAGUGUGGGAAGAAUUUCACCACUCGUUUUUACCUGAAAAUACAUCGACGAAUCCACACUGGAGAGAGACCAUUCAAUUGCACCCAGUGUGGAAAGAGGUUUUACUGUACCUCUCAUCUGACGUCACAUCAGAGGUCUCACACGGGAGAGAAACCGUACAGCUGUGACGAGUGUGGGAAUUCCUAUUCUCAUCUAAACUCUCUGAAGUUACACUACAGAAUUCACUCAGACGAAAGAGUAAACUACAGCUAACACUGGACAGCUGUC